AUGCCGGCGCCUCCCACGCCAGCACCGUGGGGUGCCCUGAACGGCAGCGCCGGGAGCCGCGGCAAUGGCACAGGGGCAGGCGCAGGCAGCGCCUGGUGCCAGGGCGUGUUCAUCCCCAACGAGCUGUUCCUGAUGCUCGGCGUGGUGAGCCUGGUGGAGAACGUGCUGGUGGUGAUGGCCAUCGCCAAGAACCGCAACCUGCACUCGCCCAUGUACUGCUUUGUGUGCUGCCUGGCCGUGUCCGACAUGCUGGUGAGCGUCAGCAACCUGGCCGAGACCCUCUUCAUGCUGCUGAUGGAGCACGGGGUGCUGGUGGUGCGGGCCGGCGUGGUGCGGCACAUGGACAACGUCAUCGACAUGUUGAUCUGCAGCUCCGUGGUCUCCUCGCUCGCCUUCCUGGGCGCCAUCGCCGUGGACCGCUACAUCACCAUCUUCUAUGCCCUGCGCUACCACAGCAUCGUCACCAUGCCGCGGGCCGUGGGUGCCGCCGCCGGCAUCUGGGCGGCCAGCACCGUCUCCAGCACCGUCUUCAUCGCCUACUACAAGAACGACGCCGUCAUCCUCUGCCUCAUCGGCUUCUUCCUGGCCAUGCUGGUGCUGCUGGUGGCUCUCUACAUCCACAUGUUCGCCCUGGCGCGCCGCCACGCCCGCCGCAUCUCCAGCCAGCACAAGCGCCGUGCCAUCUACCAGGCCGCCAGCCUCAAGGGCGCCGUGACCCUCACCAUCCUGCUGGGCGUCUUCUUCCUCUGCUGGGGGCCUUUCUUCCUGCACCUGACGCUCAUCGUCACCUGCCCCCGCAGCCCCUUCUGCACCUGCUUCUUCAACUACUUCAACUUCUUCCUCAUCCUCAUCAUCUGCAACUCCGUCAUCGACCCCCUCAUCUACGCCUUCCGCAGCCAGGAGCUCCGGCGGACCCUCAAGGAGGUGGUGCUGUGCUCCUGGUAG